ACCACAGCUGCUCCAACCACAACAGCCACUCCAACAACUACCACAGCUGCUCCAACAACAACCACAGCUGCUCCAACCACAACAACAGCCGCUCCAACAACUACCACAGCUGCUCCAACAACAACCACAGCUGCUCCAACCACAACAACAGCCGCUCCAACAACUACCACAGCUGCUCCAACCACAACAACAGCCGCUCCAACAACAACCACAGUUGCUCCAACAACAGCCACAGCUCCUCCAACAACUACCACAGCCGCUCCAACAACAACCACAGCAGCUCCAACAACAACCACAGUUGCUCCAACAACUACCACAGCUGCUCCAACCACAACAGCCGCACCAACAACUACAGCCGCUCCAAUCACAACAACAGCAACUCCAACAACUACCACAGCCGCUCCAACAACAACAACAGUUGCUCCAACAACUACCACAGCUGCUCCAACCACAACUACAGCUGCUCCAACAACUACCACAGCCGCUCCAACCACAACAACAGCUGCUCCAACAACAACCACAGUUGCUCCAACAACUACCACAGCUGCUCCAACCACAACCACAGCUGCUCCAACAACUACCACAGCUGCUCCAACAACUACCACAGCCGCUCCAACCACCACAACAACAGCCGCUCCAACAACACCCACAGUUGCCCCAACAACAACCACAGCUCCUCCAACAACUACCACAGCUGCUCCAACCACAACUACAGCCGCUCCAACAACUACCACCACAGCUGCUCCAACCACAACAACAGCCGCUCCAACAACUACCACAGCCGCUCCAACAACAACAACAGUUGCUCCAACAACUACCACAGCUGCUCCAACCACAACUACAGCUGCUCCAACAACUACCACAGCCGCUCCAACCACAACAACAGCUGCUCCAACAACAACCACAGUUGCUCCAACAACUACCACAGCUGCUCCAACCACAACCACAGCUGCUCCAACAACUACCACAGCUGCUCCAACAACUACCACAGCCGCUCCAACAACUACCACAGCUGCUCCAACCACAACAAUAGCUCCUCCAACAACUACCACAGCCGCUCCAACAACAACCACAGCAGCUCCAACAACAACCACAGUUGCUCCAACAACAACCACAGUUGCUCCAAGAACAACCACAGCUGCUCCAACCACAACAACAGCCGCUCCAACAACUACCACAGCAGCUCCAACAACAACUACAGCUGCUCCAACAACUACCACAGCCGCUCCAAGAACAACCACAGCUGCUCCAACCACAACAACAGCCGCUCCAACAACUACCACAGCUGCUCCAACCACAACAACAGCCGCUCCAACAACUACCACAGCCGCUCCAACAACAACCACAGUUGCACCAACUACAACUACAGCCGCUCCAACAACAACCACAGCCGCACCAACAACUACAGCUGCUCCAACCACAACAACAGCAACUCCAACAACUACCACAGCCGCACCAACAACCACAGCUGCUCCAACCACAACUACAGCUGCUCCAACAACUACCACAGCUGCUCCAACAACUACAGCUGCUCCAACCACAACAACAGCAACUCCAACAACUACCACAGCCCCAACAACAACAACAACAACAACAGUUGUUCCAACAACUACCACAACUGCUCCAACCACAACUACAGCUGCUCCAACAACUACCACAGCUGCUCCAACAUCUACCACAGCCACUCCAACCAUAACAACAGCCACUCCAACAACAAAUACAGCUGCUCCAACCACAACUACAGCCGCUCCAACAACUACCACAGCCGCUCCAACAACAACCACAGUUGCUCCAACAACUACCACAGCUGUUCCAACCACAACAACAGCCGCUCCAACAACAACCACAGUUGCUCCAACAACUACCACAGCUGCUCCAAUCACAACAACAGCCGCACCAACAACUACAGCUGCUCCAACCACAACAACAGCAACUCCAACAACUACCACAGCCGCUCCAACAACAACAACAGUUGCUCCAACAACUACCACAGCUGCUCCAACCACAACUACAGCUGCUCCAACAACUACCACAACUGCUGCAACCACAACUACAGCUGCUCCAACAACUACGACAGCCACUCCAACAACAACAACAGUUGCUCCAACAACUACCACAGCUUCUCCAACCACAACAACCACAGCCGCUCCAACAACUACCACAGCUCCUCCAACCACAACAACAGCCGCUCCAACAACUACCACAGCCGCUGAAACAACAACCACAGUUGCACCAACUACAGCUGCUCCAACAACUACCACCGCCGCACCAAAGACUACAGCCGCUCCAACAACAACCACAGUCGCUCCAACCACAACCACAGCCGCUCCAAAUACAACCACAGUUGCUCUAACAACAACCACAGCUGCUCCAACAACUACCACAACCGCACCAACAACUACAGCUGCUCCAACCACAACUACAGCCGCUCCAAAGACUACCAGAGCCGCUCCAACAACAACCACAGUUGCUCCAACAACAAACACAGCUGCUCCAACCACAACUACAGCCGCUCCAACAACAACCACAGUCGCUCCAACCACAACCACAGCUGCUCCAACAACUACCACAGCCGCUCCAACAACAACCACAGUUGCUCCAACCACAACUACAGCCGCUCCAACAACAACCACAGUCGCUCCAACCACAACCACAGCUGCUCCAACAACAACUACAGCUGCUCCAACAACAACUACAGCUGCUCCACCCACAACAACAGCAACUCCAACAACUACCACGGCCGCUCCA